AACCUGGUCAACCAAUGAGCAGAGGCGCACUGGACGCAUGCGCGCUGUACAACUUUCCCACUGCCCUUCUGUGUGUUUUUGUUUUUUUAAAACCAAUCCUCACCCAAAGCGCAGGCGCACCAGCCUUGCCCUAGAAAUGGCCAUGGCCGGGGAGUUGGAGCAUGUGGACCUGGGGCCGCCAGAAGUCGUGGAGGAGGUUGAGGAGGCUGAAGGUCAGACCAAGUCUUUAAAGAAGACCGAAGACUUACUGGAAAUGGUGAAAAAGCUGCAGAAAGAGGGAAGCCUGGAGCCACAAAUUGAAGACCUGAUUAACCGGAUUAAUGAGCUUCAACAAGCAAAGAAGAAAUCCAGCGAGGAACUAGGAGAAGCCCACGCUGUCUGGAAGGCCCUGCAUAGGGAACUGGACUCCCUGAAUGGAGAGAAAGUGCAUCUAGAGGAGAUUUUGAGCAAAAAGCAAGAGGCGCUGCGGAUCCUGCAGCUGCACUGCCAAAGGAAGGAAGGUGAGGCUCAGAGGAAGUACAUGUUGGCGGAGCACGCAGAUCAAAUUUCUAUCCAUAACUCUCAGAUCGCAGAGAGUCAAGGACAGAGGAAGCUGGGGUGGCACGUGGAACUGCUGGAGGCUUCGAGAGGCCAGCACAAGGACCUCUGGGAAUUCCACAUGCUGAAGCAGCGAUUGGCCUGGGAGAUCCGUGCCCUGCAGAGCAGCAAGGAGCAGCUGCUCACCGAAGAGAGGCAGGCGCGGGCGAAGCUGGAGGAGGUGGAGCAGCGGCUGCGCUCGCCGCCCGAGGUCCCGGGCGCCUCGGCAGAGAAGGACGGGCUGAAGGCGGAGCUGGAGAAACUCGGGGGCAGGUCCCCGCCCAGGCCCAGAGCACCCCAGAAGUCGGAGCCAGCAAAUGAAAGGCCGGCCGGCAAUUCCCCAGUGGGAGCGACCUGGCACUACCGGCGGAGCUGGCCCUGACGCCCCCCUAGGUCAGUAGGACCCACCGGCCCUCCCUUUCUUCAAGGCCCGCCCGGAAAUAAAGGCGACGUUUACGGACUGCCCUGCACCUCUCCGGCUGAGUCUGUGCUCCGGGAACCAUCGGGGACCGCCGGGAACCAUCGGGGACCGGGUGGUUCCUUUCCGCUCUCCCAGGGAAGGGGUGGGGCCUCGGCGGACUCCGCCCACUAGUCCCUCGGCGAUCUCAAAGUUUCUGGCCGUUCAAUGACUGGGUGUCAAAGCCACCGCAUCUCCAUGGCCUCAUCUCGGGUUCCUGGGCCAUAUAUUUUCCCCUCCAGUAAGGGCCGGAGGGGUAUGUUAAAAACCCGCUGCAGGUGC